AUGGUGACAUAUUUUUUUCUCCAUUUUCAGAUGCAAUUUGACAUAACGGACUGGAAAUUUGAAUGUCAUCACGGAGAGAUCGAGUGUUACGGCAACAAAAUUCAAGCAUGUGCUUUGAGACUUAUUGACAAGGGUUUACCCAGCGAAGGUUUAGGUUUUAACAAGGUUGCUGUAGGUUUCAUCAACUGCCUUAUGGAUAGAGCUGACAAAACAGCCAAAGUGGUUUUUCCAACAACUGAGUGCGCAUUAGUUAAUCCAGUUUCCAAUCUUCAGGAUAUUGAAAACUGUGCUAAUCAUACAGAUGCUGCAAAUUACCUUUCAGUUCUCGGUAAAGCCACAGAAGCAAUCCAAAAGCCGCUAAAAUCUGUUCCCACCAUCGUAUUCAAUGGAGAGUAUAAACAAAGCGAUAAUGAUUUAGCGCAGACCCAAUUUCGUUAA